UUAGGACUGGCUCCCAUUGGAUGUUCCUAUCACGCUAUUUACUGUUGGAAAGGGAACGUGAUUGGCUACAGCUGCCAUGAUUGACGUGUUGAUAGCCAAUGAGAGCUGUUUCUAAGAUGGCUGCUCAGAGAGAUGACGCGUAUUGGUGCUCCACAGUGGGAGCGCUUGCUGGAGUCGGGGGCUGUCCCGGGGUGAAAACUAAACAGAAAAAGGCGGGGAUAGUUUCUUUGUGUAGGCAGCAACGUGAAGAAAACAAACGUACCCGGGAACACGGUGCAGGGCGAGGAGACGGAACGAGGUCGGCACAUGAAGUUAGCAGACAGUUAGCAUGGACUCUACAGGACAAUAUUCCUAACCUGGAGGAAUUCUUUCCAUCUGGGGACACUUCCGGACUAGAGGAAUAUUAAUAAGACAGGAAAGGACGGGGAUUGGAGGUUUAGGACAGACUCCAGUCAAAUGAAGUGAAGGAUUGAAGUCCAGAGAAUGUUCCCAAUCAAAGUGGGGGGGCUGCUCCGUCUCCUAAUGCUAGCCGCUGGCCCGGCAAUACAAGGCUUUUAACGGCCCGGGGGGGUCCAGGGACUCCAGGGACCGGAUGGUGUCUCCUGUCUCAUGGAGCCCUCAGCAGACAUCAAGCUGGAGACCGUAGCAGGAAAGAAGGGCAAGAAGGCCGAGGAGGAGCAGCCUGCAGAUACUCCAGCAGCUGCAGCAGUGAAGGAUGAGGAGGAGGCAGAGGAAGAGCAGCCUGCAGCACCUCCUGCAGCUGCAGCAGCAGUGAAGGAGGAGGAAGAGGCCAAGGAGGAGGAGCAGCCUGCAGCACCUCAUGCAGCUGCAGCAGCAGUGAAGGAUGAAGAGAAGGAGUAUGUGGUGGAGAAGAUUUUGGACCACAGAGUGGUGAAGGGAAGAGUAGAGUUUCUGCUGAACUGGAAGGGGUUCUCAGAUGAGGAUAACACAUGGGAGCCACAAGACAACCUGGACGGCCCCGACCUUAUCGCAGAGUACAUGCAGAAACACAAGGAGAAGGAGGAGAAGAAGAAGAAGGAGGGCAAGAGGAAAGUUGUUACUGAGGCCUCGGGAGACUCAAAGGAGCAAGGGAGCAAGAGGAAGGCAGAGGAGAAACGGAGAAGAGGAGAGGGACCCAAAUGUCACCACUGUCAGCACUGUGACAAAUACUUCACAACAUCUGGAUAUUUAAAGAUUCAUCAGAGAGUUCAUACUGGACAGAAGCCAUACAGGUGUGAUCAAUGUGGGGCAGGUUUCACACAAGAGAGUGCCCUAAAAACCCAUCAACGCAUUCACACUGGAGAGAAGCCGUACAGGUGUGAUCAGUGCGGGGCAGGUUUCACACAAAAGAUUGCACUAAAAACCCAUCAACGCAUUCACACUGGAGAGAAGCCAUACAGGUGUGAUCAAUGCGGGGCAGCUUUCACACAACAGACUAACUUAAUAAUCCAUCAACGCAUUCACACUAGAGAGAAGCCGUACAGGUGUGAUCAAUGCAGGGCAGCUUUCACACAACAGAGUACCCUAAAAAAUCAUCAACGCAUUCACACUGGAGAGAAGCUGCACAGCUGUGAUCAAUGCGGGGCAGCUUUUGCACGACAGAGUGCACUUAAAAACCAUCAACUCAUUCACACUGGAGAGAAGCCGUACAGCUGUGAUCAAUGUGGGGCAGGUUUCACACAACAGAGUGCCCUAAAAAAACAUCAACGACGUGUUCAUACUGGAGAGAAGCCGUACUGGUGUGAACAAUGUGGGCAAACUUUUUCUCAGAGUUGGAGCCUUAAAAGACACCAACGUGUUCACACUGGAGCGAAGCCGUACUGGUGUGAACAAUGUGGAAAAACUUUUUCUCAGAGUGGUAACCUUAAAAAACACCAGCGCAUUCACACUGCCUCGUGAACAUGUUUUCAGAGCCAAGCUGUUUCCUCCUGCAUGUAUGUUAUUGUGGCUACGACUACAUAUUACGCUCCUUUCCUUUUAAGGGUUAGUCCCCCGAGAAGUGAGUCAAAUGCUGUUUCCUCUGAUGCUAUGUGUUUUAAUGAUUACUUACUGAGAAUGAUUUUUUUUAAAUUAUUAUUUCUUUUCGUUAAAAAAGCAAGACAGUGGUUGCUGCUGCAACAGAGAGAGAAUUGGUGUGGGAGAAA